CUUCGGAUUGUUUGUGCACAUCGGCCUCUUUACUGGGUGCACUGCUUACAGGAAGCGUGCGUCGUUAGCCAAGAAGAAAGAAAGUAGCGAACUUGUAGUCAUUAGUUUACGAAUAUAUCGUAUUAUUAGCUCUAUGUUUCUUUAAUUAAACAUAUGUGCAAUUAUAUUAUACAAAAUAGAAAAUGUUUGCGGGCCUGCCUGAGCUUGGGAUAUCCAAUGGCGAGGAUCUAAAAGAAACACUGACCAACUGCACAGAGCCUCUGAAAGCCAUUGACCAGUUUCAGGUAAGCUAGCUAACUACCUUUAGCUAGCAAGCUAACAACAGCUAAACAUGAUGAUACUAGCGGAUCGACAAAGUGGUUCAAGCUAACGGUGUGUUGAUUAUUGACGAUCAUUCUAAUUUAAGCGGUUCGUUAACGUACGGCUAUGUCAUUAAAACAACGUUAGCAAUACAGUAAUGCACUAAAUGAGCCUAACGUUACUAUUUCAAGUGUCCUAUUUAGGCGAAUUGGCUCUGGCAGCCAAAUACUCCACUAUGAAUCGAUUCUCAAUCGCGUUAUGGUUCUAGAAACAUAAAGCCCUCUACUUUCAUAACCGGUUUUAAAACAGUUGCAGCCAACAAUUUUUCAGUGACAACAAAGCAAAGGCAGUACAGUAUGAAGAUAGGCCAAUAGAUGGAUUAGCUGACAACGUCACAAAACACGAUGCGCACACUUCAAUGGGGGCAGAAGUCCAUGAGUAGUUGUGAUUCUGGAUGGCCAGAUAGCUACCAACGAUUAAAUGAAACGGCCAUGUAGGGAAUCGUAUGUGACUCGUUUCAUCUUGUUCAUGAUACCAUGUCUUGUUUUGACAGAUUUCAUGUUAAUAUGGCAAACAUUUGAUAGCUCGCUAACCAGCAACAGUAACGAUGUAUUUGAGAGACAAGUGCUCAUUGUUCAAAUGUAUUUGUUGCAAAAAACAUGGGACGAAAUAUAAUUUACAUGUCAACAAUCUAAGCCAGCCCUAUAGUUGCGUACAUGUAGGUUUUGUUACUAAACUCCAAAAUAAUCGAUUCCUCGUAUGCGAACGUGAGUAGAUUACCUUGAAAACAACGGGCAGACAUCUUGGACUUCUUCUUCUUCGAUGAGGUUUAACGGCGGUUGGCAUCCAAUUUGUUGCAUUACCACCACCUACUAGACUGGUGUACAACUCCCUUAUAUUUUGCUUGGAAAAUUAAAUAAAGAAAUACCCUACCUUUUAACACUACACUCACAAAUUCAAAAUUAUUAUUAAUAAUUAACAUCACCCCACUCCACUAUUUAAAAAUAUUCAUUCCUACCUCAUGCCCUCAACCUGAGAUGAUGGAACAUCACCACUUAACACUCCCUGUAACUCUUCUGAUGUCAAGUCUCACACACCCAAAUACCUCUCUUCAGCUGCCACCACAACCUCAAUUUUCUUAGACUUACAUUCCAUCCCUGCUGUACAAUUAAUAACCAUUGCUAUAAAUGCUAAAAAUCCAGUCUUACUGAAACAUAUAUCACUUCUUGGCCUAUCCCUCUGCAUUGGUACAUCUCUACUACUCUCACCACUCCUCCCCCUUGACCCAUCUUCCUCUACUUUCUUCACUGCCUCAGCAUAUGACAACUUCUUCACUACUCUUACCCUGGAAACCUCAACCUGCCUCUCUCGCACAGGACAUUUCUGAUCCCCAGCCCCAUGGGCACCCCUACAAUUAGCACAUACCACUACUUUCCCCAAUGCUACACAUUCCUUUGUCUCAUGCCCUUCUGCACACUUCUCACACCUUGGAACCUCCCUCCUAUACACUGCUGCCACAUGCCCAUAAGUUUGACACCUGUAACAUCGUAAUGUGUUCAGCACAUAAGCUCGUACAGGAUAACUUAACUUCACUUUAUCAGACAGACUCAACUUCAAAACUCAAAAGAACAGACAAUGACUCCCCUGUUUCUCCACUCUCGCCCCCCUGUUUGUGUCGCACCAAACGACGAGCAUCACACACACCGGGAAUCUUCCCCUUCAGUUGGUCCACUUUUACAUUUACUGCUACCCCAGUAAUCACUCCUUUCAAUGGCGCCCUUUUCUUGAGAACGAAACAAUUCACCAUUCUUUCCCCCAUUUGUCUAAAUCUGAGCACCUUCUCUCUCUGACCAACAGAAACACAAACAAUUAUCACUAGACCACUUCUGGUUACCCUCACCGAUUCCACUUUACCCAACGCUUUUUUCACCCAUCUUGAAACCCCAAAUGGAUCAGCCAAAAGGCAAGGGUCCACUUUUUCCAAAAACGUCACUCCUACUGUCACAGACUCAUCUUCAUCCUGACCCUUUUAUAUUUUAUUUAUUUCACCUUUAUUUAACCAGGUAAGCCAGUUGAGAACAAGUUCUCAUUUACAACUGCGACCUGGCCAAGAUAAAGCAAAGCAGUGCGGAAAAAAACAACAACAACACAGUUACAUAUGGAAUAAACAAAACGUACAGUCAAUAACACAAUAGAAAAUCUAUAUACAGUGUGUGCAAAUGUAUUCAGUUAUGGCAUUAAGGCAAUAAAUAGGCCAUAGUGCAGAAAUAAUUACAAUUAUAAUUUAGUAUUAACACAGGAGUGAUAGAUGUGCAGAAGAUGAUGUGCAAAUAGAGAUACUGGGGUGCAAAUGAGCAAAAUGAAUAACAAUGUAAAUAACAAUAUGGGAAUGAGGUAGUUGGGUGGGCUAAUUACAGAUGGGCUGUGUACAGGUGCAGUGAUCGGUAAGCUGCUCUGACAACUGAUGCUUUAAGAUAGUGAGGGAGAUAAGUGUCUCCAGCUUCAGAGAUUUUUGCAGUUCGUUCCAGUCAUUUGCAGCAGAGAACUGGAAGGAAUGGCGACCAAAGGAGGUGUUGGCUUUGGGGAUGACCAGUGAGAUAUACCUGCUGGAACGCAUACUACGGGUGGGUGUUGCUAUGGUGACCAAUGAGCUAAGAUAAGGCAGGGAUUUGCCUAGAAGGGAUUUAUAGAUGACCUGGAGCCAGUGGGUUUGGCGUCGAAUAUGUAGUGAGGGCCAGCCAACGAGAGCGUACAGGUCACAAUGGUGGGUAGUAUAUGGGGCUUUGGUGACAAAACUGUAUGCAUGCAUGACUGUAAGUCGCUUUGGAUAAAAGCGUCUGCUAAAUGGCAUGUUAUUUUUAUUUUUUUUAUAAAACGGAUGGCACUGUGAUAGACUACAUCCAAUUUGCUGAGUAGAGUGUUGGAAGCUAUUUUGUAAAUGACAUCGCCGAAGUCAAGGAUCGGUAGGAUAGUCAGUUUAGCAGCAUGAGUGAAGGAGGCUUUGUUGCGAAAUAGGAAGCCGAUUCUAGAUCUAACUUUGGAUUGGAGAUGCUUAAUGUGAGUCUGGAAGGAGAGUUUACGGUCUAACCAGACACCUAGGUAUUUGUAGUUGUCCACAUAUUCUAAGUCAGACCCGCCGAGAGUAGUGAUUCUAGUCGGGCAGGCGGGUGCAAGCAGCGUUCGAUUGAAGAGCAUGCAUUUAGUUUUACUAGUGUUUAAGAGCAGUUGGAGGCCACGGAAGGAGUGUUGUAUGGCAUUGAAGCUCGUUUGGAGGUUUGUUAACAGUGUCCAAUGAAGGGCCAGAUGUAUACAAAAUGGUGUCGUCUGCGUAGAGGUGGAUCUGAGAGUCACAAGCAGCAAGAGCGACAUCAUUGAUAUACACAGAGAAUAGAGUCGGCCCGAGAAUUGAACCCUGUGGCACCCCCAUAGAGACUGCCAGAGGUCCAGACAACAGGCCCUCCGAUUUGCAAUCCUCUGUGCAAUCCUCAGGCUCCGAGUACUUCACCACACCUUCCACCUCCGAUACUUCACCCUCAUUCACUUCCAUUUCUCCUCCUGUCUUCAGCUCACUUUGCUUACAUUUCCUACCAUUCUUCUUUAACAAACCUUCUCCCUUUUUUCUUCCAUUUUUAACUGACUCAAGCUCACAGUCUUCCUCCCUCUCUCUCUUAGACCUCCUCUGCCUCUCUUUUUCCCUAAAUCCUCCUCAGUCAUCCAGGUAUAAGUUUCCUUAUGAUAAUACUGCACUUCUCCUGACAUGCAUCUGUUUCUUGCUUUCUCAAGGGACUCCAUUUACCUUCCUACUCUCCCUUUCUACACUUAUUCAUAGCGCUUUCGAUAAAAUAUGAGCAAUAAACUUCGGUCCUUCUUCGCUACCUGCCGAUCAACCUUCGCACCUCAAAUGACGUCCAAACCCUUUUACUCUCGGCCAGCAGUGUCAGUGAAAACACCCUUCAAAUGUACUCCCUCACCUACAUCGAUUGACAGACGUCUUGGACAGAGUCUCCAGUUCUUAUUAUACCUUAUUGGCGGGAAGAGGCGAGAUCAGGUGGGACCAUUCUAGCCAAUGAGAGGGCAGAUACGUGUGUGCACAACAGGUACAUCUCCGAUAGAAGUCAUUUUCCCCCCCACAAAGUUGCCGAAAUGCCACGUGCAUCCAAUUAUAUCAGUGCAUUCUUAACAACCUAACCAUUACGAAACUUCUAUUCGAUUAAAAAUAAGCCUCACGUAGCAAAGUAGCAAUUACAUUUUUUUGUUGACCAAAUUCAACACUUGUUGACCUCUAUGCAAACAUUUCUUACUUCAUGGACUUAUUUUUGUUGACAGAUUUUGGGUGGAGGAAACCCUCUCACUUCACCUCUAACUCUCUGUCCUCGCUCACGCUCAUGAACAUGUCUUUGUGUUCGCCUUGUCCAAAAUAUGCGUGCGCACCCGGCGUGUGGACCAGAGCCAGCUGGCAGUAUAACGAUUCAAAGUGCUCUGAAGUCAUGCAUUUCGUAUUUUGGAUAAAUGACACUGUGCGCACAUAGAUGUUUGUCAGCACUUUACCAACACAUGUACUUUAGCUAGUGAGUUACUAAAUUCCAUCAGUAAACAAAAUUCAUCAUGAAACGAUUCAGAGCUAGCUAGCUAACUACAUGCUAACAACAAAGCUAGUUAGCUAACAUUAGCUAAUGUUAUUUGAAUGACGAGACCUAUGCUAACUAGCCACUUAAUUUAUAAUUAUCGCAACUAAUUAACACAACAGUUAGAUUGAACCACUUUGCCUCUACUUAGCAACCUCCCUGAGUAUAGAUUACAAUAACAUUUCACUGCUCCGAUUUAUCAAAUUAAUAACACCACUAUUUCAGUGCAUUGAUUAUUAUCUCACCACCGGUCUGAUAAUGUGUUUGCAGACAGAAAAUGGCAUUUUGUUGCCAACUCUUCAGUCCGCUCUUCCCUUUCUUGACCUUCACGGGACUCCUCGGUUGGAGUUUCACCAGUCUGUCUUUGACGAGCUUCGUGACAAGUUGAUGGAGCGAGUCGCCACUAUCGCGGAGGGCAAGGAUGAGGACCGGUGCGACAUCUCUUUACAUGUAUACAGUGCAUUCGGAAAGUAUUCAGACACCUUCAUUUUUUCCACAUUUUGUUACAUUACAGCGUUAUUCUAAAUUUGCUUAAAUACAUUUUUUCCCCUCAUCAAUCUACACACAAUACCCCAUAAUGACAAAGCGAAAACAAGUUUUUAGAAAUUUUAGCCAAUUUAUUAAAAAUAAAAAACAGAUUAUUUACAUAAGUAUUCAGACCCUUUGCUAUGAGUCUCGAAAUUGAGCUCAGGUGCAUCCUUUUUCCAUUGAUCAUCCUUGAUGUUUCUCCAACUUGAUUGUAGUCCAUCUGUGGUAAAUUCAAUUGAUUGGACAUGAUUUGGAAAGGCACACACCUGUCUAUAUAUGGUCCCACAGACAGUGCAUGUGAGAGCAAAAAUCAAGGUCGAAGGAAUUGUUCGUAGAGCUCCGAAACAGGAUUGUGUCGAGGCACAGAUCUGGGGAAGGGUUACCAAAAAAUUUCUGCAGCAUUGAAGGUCCCCAAGAACACAGUGGCCUCAUCAUUCUUAAAUGGAAGAAGUUUGGAACCACCAAGACUCUUCACUCUUCCUAGAGCUGGCCGCCCGGCCAAACUGAGCUAUCGGGGGAGAAGGGCCUUGGUCAGGGAAGUGACCAAGAACCCGAUGGUCACUCUGACAGAGCUCCAGAGUUCCUCUGUGGAGAUGGGAGAACCUUGAAGAAGGACAACCAUCUCUGCAGCACUCCACCAAUCAAGCCUUUAUGGUAGAGUGGCCAGACGGAAGCCACUCCUCAGUAAAAGGCACAUGACAGCCUGCUUGGAGUUUGCCAAAAGGCACCUGAAGGACUCACAGACCAUGAGAAACAAGAUUAUCUGGUCUGAUGAAACCAAGAUUGAACUCUUUGGCCUGAAUGCCAAGCUUCACGUCUGGAGGAACCCUGGCACCAUCCCUACGGAUGGCUGACAGAGCUUGAGAGGAUCUGCAGAGAAGAAACUCCCCAAAUACAGGUGUGCCAAGCUUGUAGCGUCAUACUGAAGACUCGAGGCUGUAAUCGCUGCCAAAGGUGCUUCAACAAAGUAAAGGGUCUGCAUACUUAUGUAAACGUGAUAUUUCAGUUUUUAUUUGUAAUACAUUAGCACAAAUGUAUAUAAACCUGUUUUUGCUUCGUCAUUAUGGGGUAUUGUGUGUAGAUUGAUGAGGGGAAAAGACAAUAUAAUCAAUUUUAAAAUAAGGUAACGUAACAAAAUGUGGAAAAAGUGAAGGGGUCUGAAUACUUUCCGAAUGCACUGUAUAUAGCUGGCUACUACUUAGCUAGUAAACACCAGGUCUGGAUAGCGAAAUCAUCAGUGUAAACUGUUGUACAUGUUAGACAUGAUUGUUUGUUUAUUCCUCCUCCCUCUACAGUUAUGGUAAACUUGAAGAGCUUUUAGAGAAGAGUUUUCCGCUGGUGAAGAUGCCUUCCAUUCAGCCAGUGGUCAUGCAGGUUCUGAAACAUCUUCCAAAGGCAAGUCUCUGUCUUUCCACCGUACUUUUAAUGAAUGCACCUCAUUAACCCGCAACGCAGAUCUUUUUCUCUUUAUAGUUGUUUGCACCUGCCAUUGGCCAUGUUUUCUCUCUUCAAAACACUGUGUUCCUACCACAGCUCAGUGUUUGAAAUGUAUUUCCUGACUGACUUCCUAUGAACAGGUUCCAGAGAAAAAGCUGAAGCUUGUGAUGGCUGAUAAGGAACUGUAUAAGGUCUGUGCUGUUGAGGUGAAGAGGCAGAUCUGGCAGGACAACCAGGCUCUCUUCGGGGAUGAGGUUUCGCCCCUGCUCAAGCAGUAUAUUGUGGAGAAGGAGGCAGCACUUUUCAGCAGCGAUCUCUCUAUUCUGCACAACUUCUUCAGCCCCUCCCCCAAAGCAAGACGCCAAGGAGAGGUGAGCCACCCGAGUACAUCUGGACCUUUUCAUUACCUUUUGACUCCCAAUAGAUUCUGUUCACAUUCCAAUAAGGUUUUGAUUAGGGCCAGGAGCCCAUUAUAACAAAAGUUGUUCCUAGUCUAUCAACCAUUUUUCUAUAAACUCAGAAGAGAGUUGUGUGUGUUUUUUCUGUUUUAUGUACAGGUAGUCUUGAAGCUGACCCAGAUGAUUGGGAAGAAUGUGAAGCUGUAUGACAUGGUGCUUCAGUUCCUGCGAACCCUCUUCCUGCGUACGCGCAACGUCCACUAUUGCACCUUGCGUGCAGAGCUGCUCAUGUCCCUCCAUGACCUGGACAUCAGUGAGAUCUGUUCAGUAGACCCCUGCCAUAAGGUGUGCUCAAUUCCUAAGAAAGAGACAAUGCAACUGAUCUGAGUUGCCUUCUUCUGUAGGCAAACUGAAACAGGAAUAGUAUUGAUUUCAAAUAUAUACAAAUCCGCUGGUGAAUGUUCUGCAUGCUGAGGCAGAGUGCUGUAUUUAUGUCUAUCUUGGCAGUUCACCUGGUGCUUGGAUGCCUGUAUCCGUGAGAAGUUUGUGGAUGCCAAGCGAGCCCGGGAAUUACAAGGUUUUCUGGAUGGAGUGAAGAAAGGACAGGAGCAAGUACUUGGGUGAGAAAAGAAGAGUGUAGGAAAUGUGAUUGAACGUGGCUUAUGAUUGUAGGAUUCAUAAAAAGAUGUGACAAAAACGCAGUGGGUCUUCUUGCUUUCCAGGGACCUGUCCAUGAUCCUGUGUGAUCCAUUUGCCUGUAACACCCUGGUUUUGAGUACAGUCCGAAACUUGCAGGAAUUGCUAAGCCAGGACGCUCUACCCAGAGUAAGACAUUCAAUGUUGUCGUUUAUGGCCUUAUGUUCCUUCUAUCCAUUUCUAUAUUCUGUCAAUGCUAUGUGGAGACCUACUGCCACUACUGAAGAGAGAUGUUUAUGUGUGAAUGAACAGGACAGUCCAGACCUGAUGCUGCUGCUCAGAAUGCUGUCUCUUGGACAAGGUGCUUGGGAUAUGAUUGACAGCCAAGUCUUUAAAGAGCCCAGAUUGGUAUGCAUUCACUUCAUGUUUCCACUAGUAUUAUUUUAUAAUCAUUUGUUUUUCUUCAGUGAGUUUACGAGUCUGUAGUAUAUUACUUAUGAGAUACACAGUAAACAAUAGUUUGAUGUGCAGAGCUGGAAAGCAACCUCUUCACAAUUACCACUGCUAGGUAUGGCGUAGAUCUGACAUCCGGCCAGGGCAGAGACUCAUCAUAUUUGAUUCCUUCCCUCUCAGGAACUGGAGGUUGUAACCCGUUUUCUACCAGCCAUGUUGUCAUUAGUUGUGGACGACUACACCUUCACUGUAGAACAGAAGCUCCCCAAUGAGGAGAAGACCUCCCUCACCUACCCCACAGCCCUGCCUGAUGCCUUCAACAAGUAACCACUGGGAUGGGCUGUCACACAGGGGAUGGGGUUAGAAUGGAACAUGUUACUUUGGUAGACUUUGUAUGGCUCUAAUACAUUUUUAUAUAUGUUUGAUGACAUUAAUAACAUAAUCAUGUAAAACUAUAGAAUGUAAAACACAUAGUAUUGAUAUUCAAAAAUAUACAUGUGCAUUUAAAUUGUCAAUAUUAUGUACAGUGUACAUGGGAGAUUUGUGUUUAAUGCAUUUCAAUGAGAAGCCUCUGAUAUAAAGUGAGUUCUCCCCUGCCCUAGGUACCUGCAGGAGAACAGGGUGGCUUGUGAGAUAGGUCUGUACUACACACUCCACAUUGCCAAGCAGAGGAACAAGAAUGCCUUACAACGGUUACUUCCCGCUUUGGGUAGGUUCUGCACUUGUUUUGCCACAGGUUAAUAGAAGGAAAAAAAUACUGUUAGUGUAUUGUUGUUAACAUGGCUCUCAACAUAGUUUUUUCAAUUAACUGCAGUGGAGACCCACAACGACAUGGCCUUUGGGGACAUCUUCCUGCACCUCCUGACAGGACACCUCACCUUGCUCUCUGAUGAGUUUGGGACUGAAGAGUUCUGCUCUGCCGUGUUUGAUGGCUUUCUUCUCGCCUCUUUCUCCAGGUCUGUCUUGUCCUGGGACAUACAGGAGAUUACUGCAAAUACUGCAUUUGAAACCGAUGGAAGUCUUACUGCACAUUUAUGAAAUAUGUGACAUUGAAGUAGAAUACUGUACUCACAAUACGCAAAAAAAAACAAAGCUAUAGAUUUAUCAAUAAUGGCUGUUGAUGCCAAAAAGGCAUUCAACCGUCUUGAAUGGCCUUUUCUAUUCAAAACAUUGGAAGCUUUCAACUUUUCAGCUGAAAUAACACAUUUUAUAAAAAUAUUGUAUAAAUGUCCUAAAGCAAAAAUAGACAUAAAAUAAUACAGGAUCUAAUGAAAUUGCUUUAGAAAGGAGCACAAGACAGGGAUGUCCCCUCUCCCCCCUUCCUGUUUGCACUGGCAAUUGAACUGCUUGUAGAAAGAUUUAGACAGGACCCAAACAUAACAGGUAUUGGUAAACAUGAAUAUAAACUAAACUUAUUUGCAGAUGGUCUCCUGAUAUACCUGACUAAUAUAAAAAAUUUUUUUUCAGAAUACUAAAAAAUCUCAGGAUAUAAAAUUAACGUGGGAAAAAACGAAAUAAUGGCAAUAGGAAAAAUAAUAACUCAAGAUCUACAGCAAUCCUUUAAGUAGACCACAAAAAAUAUGAAAUACUUAGGAUGCUUAAUGAGUGACAAUAAACAACAAAUGCAUGAACUUUAUUCCAUUACUCAACAAUAUGAAAGCAGAUCUAAUUAAAUUGAAUGAUCUUCCCAUGAAUCUUACAGGUAGAAUAAACCUCUUUAGAAUGGCAUGGCUGCCAAAGUUGUUGUAUUUAUUUUCGGUAGUACCAAUUACCCCACCAAAGACAUUCUUUUAAAAAGUAUACUUGGUCAUAAGACUACAGUGCAUUCGGAAUGUAUUCAGACACCUUGACUUUUCCCACAUUUUGUUACGUUACAGCCUUAUUGUAAAAUUGAUCCCCCCAAAAAUCCUCAUCAAGCUACACACAAUACCCCAUAAUGACAAAGCAAAAACGGAUUAUUAGAAAUAAAAAACAUAACAUUUACAUAAGUAUUCAGACCCUUUACUCAGUACUUUGAAGCACCUUUUGGUAGCGAUUACAGCCUCGAGUUUUCUUUGGUAUGACGCUACAAGCUUGGCACACAUGUAUUUGGGGAGUUUCUCCCAUUCUUCUUUGCAGAUCCUCUCAAGCUCUGUCAGGUUGGAUGGGGAGCGUCGUGCACGGCUAUUUUCAGGUCUCUCCAGAGAUGCUCGAUCGGGUUCAAGUCCGGGCUCUGGCUGGGCCACUCAAGGACAUUCAGAGACUUGUCCCGAAGCCACUCCUGCAUUGUCUUGGCUGUGUGCUUAGGGUCGUUGUCCUGUUGGAAGGUGAACCUUAGCCCCAGUCUGAGGUCCUGAGCGCUCUGGAACAGGUUUUCAUCAAGGUUCUCUCUGUAUUUUGCUCUGUUCAUCUUUCCCUUGAUCCUGACUAGUCUCCCAGUCCCUGCCACUGAAAAAUAUCCCCACAGCAUGAUGCUGCCACCAACAUGCUACACCGUAGGGAUGGUGCCACCGUAGAGUCCUUUAGGUGCCUUUUGGCAAACUCCAAGCGAGCCGUCGUGCCUUUUACUGAGGAGUGGCUUCUGUCUGGCCACACUACCAUAAAGGCCUGAUUGGUGGAGUGCUGCAGAUAUGGUUUUCCUUCUGGAAGAAUCUCCACAGAGGAGCUCUGUCAGAGUGACCAUCGGGUUCCCUUUUUCAACAUUUUGUUACGUUACAGCCUUAUUCUAAAAUUGAUAAAAUUUCAAUCUACACACAAUACCCUAUAAUGACAAAGCGAAAACAGGUUUAUUUUGUGUGUGCAAAGUUAAACAAAUUUUAAAAAAAGAAAUACCUCGAAAUUGAGUUCAGGUGCAUCCUGUUUCCAUUUAUCAUCCUUCAGAUGUUUCUCCAACUUGAUUGGAGUCCACCUGUGGUAAAUUCAAUUGAUUGGACAUGAUUUGGAAAGGCACACACCUGUCUAUAUAAGGUCCCACAGUUGACAGUGGACGUCAGAGCUAAAACCAAGCCAUAAGGUCAAAGGAAUUGUCCAUAGAGCUCCGAGACAGGAUUGCGUCGAAGCACAGAUCUGGGGAAGGGUACCAAAAAAUGUCUGCAGCACUGAAGGACCCAAUAACACAGUGGCCUCCAUCAUUCUUAAAAUCAAAUAAAAUCACAUUUUAUUGAUCACAUACACGUGUUUAGCAGAUGUUAUUGCGGGUGUAGUGAAAUGCUUGUGCUUCUAGCUCCGACAGUGCAGUAAUAUCUAACAAGUAAUAUCUAACAAUUUCACAACAUAUACCCAAUACACACAAAUCUAAGUAAGGAAUGAAUUAAGAAUAUAUACAUAAAUGGACGAGCAAUGUCAGAGCGGCAUGGACUAAGAUACAGUAGAAUAGUAUAGAAUACAGUAUAUACAUACAGUGGGGAAAAAAAAGUAUUUAGUCAGCCACCAAUUGUGCAAGUUCUCCCACUUAAAAAGAUGAGAGAGGCCUGUAAUUUUCAUCAUAGGUACACGUCAACUAUGACAGACAAAAUGAGAAUUUCUUUUCCAGAAAAUCACAUUGUAGGAUUUUUAAUGAAUUUAUUUGCAAAUUAUGGUGGAAAAUAAGUAUUUGGUCAAUAACAAAAGUUUCUCAAUACUUUGUUAUAAACCCUUUGUUGGCAAUGACACAGGUCAAACGUUUUCUGUAAGUCUUCACAAGGUUUUCACACACUGCUGGUAUUUUGACCCAUUCCUCCUUGCAGAUCUCCUAUAGAGCAGUGAUGUUUUGGGGCUGUCGCUGGGCAACACAGACUUUCAACUCCCUCCAAAGAUGUUUUAUGGGGUUGAGAUCAGGAGACUGGCUUAGGCCUUUCCAGGACCUUGAAAUGCUUCUUACGAAGCCACUCCUUCGUUGCCCGGGUGGUGUGUUUGGGAUCAUUGUCAUGCUAAAAGACCCAGCCACGUUUCAUCUUCAAUGCCCUUGCUGAUGGAAGGAGGUUUUCACUCAAAAUCUCACGAUACAUGGCCCCAUUCAUUCUUUCCUUUACACGGAUCAGUCGUCCUGGUCCCUUUGCAGAAAAACAGCCCCAAAGCAUGAUGUUUCCACCCCCAUGCUUCACAGUAGGUAUGGUGUUCUUUGGAUGCAACUCAGCAUUCUUUGUCCUCCAAACACGACGAGUUGAGUUUUUACCAAAAUGUUCUAUUUUGGUUUCAUCUGACCAUAUGACAUUCUCCCAAUCCUCUUCUGGAUCAUCCAAAUGCACUCUAGCAAACUUCAGACGGGCCUGGACGUGUACUGGCUUAAGCAGGGGGACACGUCUGGCACUGCAGGAUUUGAGUCCCUGGCGGCGUAGUGUGUUACUGAUGGUAGGCUUUGUUACUUUGGUCCCAGCUCUCUGCAGGUCAUUCACUAGGUCCCCCCGUGUGGUUCUGGGAUUGUUGCUCACCGUUCUUGUGAUCAUUUUGACCCCACGGGGUGAGAUCUUGGAGCCCCAGAUCGAGGGAGAUUAUCAGUGGUCUUGUAUGUCUUCCAUUUCCUAAUAAUUGCUCCCACAGUUGAUUUCUUCAAACCAAGCUGCUUACCUAUUGCAGAUUCAGUCUUCCCAGCCUGGUGCAGGUCUACAAUUUUGUUUCUGGUGUCCUUUGACAGCUCUUUGGUCUUGGCCAUAGUGGAGUUUGGAGUGUGACUGUUUGAGGUUGUGGACAGGUGUCUUUUAUACUGAUAACAAGUUCAAACAGGUGCCAUUAAUACAGGUAACGAGUGGAGGACAGAGGAGCCUCUUAAAGAAGAAGUUACAGGUCUGUGAGAGCCAGAUAUCUUGCUUGUUUGUAGGUGACCAAAUACUUAUUUUCCACCAUAAUUUGCAAAUAAUUUCAUUUAAAAUCCUACAAUGUGAUUUUCUGGAGAAAAAAAUUCUCUAUUUGUCUGUCAUAGUUGACGUGUACCUAUGAUGAAAAUUACAGGCCUCUCUCAUCUUUUUAAGUGGGAGAACUUGCACAAUUGGUGGCUGACUAAAUACUUUUUUACCCCCACUGUAUGAGAUGAGUAAUGCAAUAUAUUAUUGAAGUGGCCAGUGAUUUCUAGUCUGUCUAUAGGCAGCAGCCUUUAAUGUGCUAAUGAUGGCUGUUUAACAGUCUGAUUGGCCUUGAGAUAGAAGCUGUUUUCAGUCUCUCGGUCCUAGCUUUGAUGCACCUGUACUGACCUCGCCUUCUGGAUGAUAGCGGGGUGAACAGGCAGUGGCUCGGGUGGUUGAUGUCCUUUGAUAUUUUUGGCCUUCCUGUGACAUCGGGUGCUGUAGGUGUCCUGGAGGGCGGGUAGUUUGCCGCCGGUAAUGCGUUGUAUAGACCGCACCACCCUCUGGAGAGCCUUGCGGUUGCGGGCGUUGCAGUUGCCGUACCAAGUGGUGAUACAACCAGACAGGAUGCUCUCAAUUGUGCAUCUGUGAAGUUUGUGAAGGUUUUAGGUGCCAAGACAAAUUUCUUUAGCCUCCUGAGGUUGAAGAGGCUCUGUUGCGCCUUCUUCACCACACUGUCUGUGUGGGUGGUCCAUUUCAGUUUGUCAGUGAUGUGUUUGCCAAGGAACCUGAAGCUUUCCACCUUCUCCACUGCGGUCCCAUCGAUGUGGAUAGGGGGGUGCACCCUCUGCUGUUUCCUGAAAUAAUAUGCCAUUUAGCAGACGCUUUUAUCCAAAGCGACUUACAGUCAUGCGUGUAUACAUUUUUGUGUAUGGGUGGUCCCGGGGAUCGAACCCACUACCUUGGCGUUACAAGCGCCGUGCUCUACCAGCUGAGCUACAGAGGACCACGAUCAUCUCCUUUGUUUUGUUGACGUUGAGUGAGAGGUUAUUUUCCACCAAUACUUUUCCUAGAGCUGGCUGCCCGUCCAAAAAAUCGGGGGAGAAGGGCCUUGGUCAGGGAGGUGACCAAGAACCCAAUCGUCACUCUGACAGAGCUCCAGAGUUCCUCUGUGGAGAUGGUAGAACCUUCCAGAAGGACAACCAUCUCUGCAGCACUCCACCAAUCAGGCCUUUAUGGUAGAGUGGCCAGAAGGAAGCCACUCCUCAGUAAAAGGCACAUGACAGCCUGCUUGGAGUUUGCCAAAAUGCACCUGAAGGACUCUCAGACCAUGAGAAACCAGAUUCUAAACCAGAUUCUCUGGUCUGAUAAAACCAUUAUUUAACUCUUUGGCCUAAAUGCCAAGCGUCACGUCUGGAGGAAACCUGGCACCAUCCCUACAGUGAAGCAUGUUGGUGGCAGCGUCAUGCUGUGGGGAUGUUUUUCAGCAGCAGGGAAUGGAAGACUGGUCGAGAUCGAGGGAAAGAUGAACGGAGCAAAGUACAGAGAGCUCCUUGAUGAAAAUCUGCUCCAGAGCACUCAGGACCUGACUGGGGCGAAGGUUCACCUUCCAACAGGACAACGACCCUAAGCACACAGGAAAGACAAUGCAGCAGUGGCUUUGGGACAAGUCUCUGAAUGUCCUUGAGUGGCCCAGCCAGAGCCUGGACUUGAACCUGAUCAAGCAUCUCUGGAGAGACCUGAAAAUAGCUGUGCAGCGACGCUCCCCAUCCGACCUGGCAGAGCUUGAGAGGAUCUGCAGAGAAGAAUGUGAGAAACUCCCCAAAUACAGGUGUGCCAAGCUUGUAGCGUCAUACCCAAGAAAACUUGAGGCUGUAAUCGCUACCAAAAUGUGCUUCAACAAAGUACUGAGUAAAGGGUCUGAAUACUUAUGUAAAUGAUAUCCUUUUUUGUUUUUUUUAUGUGGGAAAAUUUCUACUAAUCUGUUUUUGCUUUGUCAUUAUGGGGUGUUGUGUGUAGAUUGAUCAGGAGAAUUUUUUUUAAAAUCCAUUUUAGAAUAAGGCUGUAACGUAACAAAAUUUGGAAAAAGUCAAGGGGUCUGAAGACUUUCCGAAUGCUAGAUAGAUAGAAAAAAUAAAAUAAUAAUACUGUACUUCCUGUGCAAUUGGUUAUAUAUUUUGCCUUUCUUAUCUCAUGUAACCUAUAACUCCCUGACAUAUAUUUAUGUGUAUUCCAGUAAAGAGAAUGUCCACAGACACACCCUACGCCUGUUGCUUCACCUUCACCACAAAGUUUUGCCAUCUUGUGUGGAGACCUUACUGAAAACCCUGGAACCCCCAAAACAGGUGGGCAAGCUGACAUUUUGAAUUUCUUUUGUAGCUUGAAACAGGUUCCGAAAGAUGUAUGCAUGUAAUUAAGACACCUGAAUAACUAAUGAUGUAAUCAUGCAUUUUCCCCAUGAGAACAUUAUAUUAACCGCAUAAGCUCAGUGAUUGAUAUUAAUAAUUUUUGUUGGUGGCUCACACUAGGUGUUGUCAUGUUGUUUUUUUUACUCUGAACUCCACCUGUGGCUUAUACCGUAAUUUUUCCUGCUCAAGUCACAUAGUCAGUGACAUAUGGGAAACUCCUGUCCCUAUGACAUAGCUAUUGUGUUUCCAUAUUCCUCAUUCUCUGUUCUCUGUGCUUGUCUGGUGUCCACAGAGCAGUGACCAGGUGAAGGAGUUGUACAUCCAGCUGACAGAGAAACUGGAGGCCCAGAAGAAGAGUCCUCCCCAGCCAGAUGAAGCCCCCUCUCUGGACCUGGGGCUCCAUCCUGUUACAGUGCCCACUACAGCCUCCACGCCAACCACACCACUUUGA